AUGUCGAAUACCACAGAUAACUUUGAAAAAAAUGCUGAGGAGAGGGAUUGUGCUACGGAGGUACCACCGGGUAGCACGGUGGUUUGGAUACCAGAGUGUGAUCCAUGUCUGAAACCAUUUGAAGGACAAGUAUUUGAGACAUUAGAUGACGGGAUUGAUUUCUAUAUAAAGUACGCGGCAAACGCCGGAUUUGAUGUGUGGCGCAGUUCUGAUGAAAAGAACAAAUACGGAACAAUAUUGAGAAAGCGACUGAUGGUGUGCUCUCGAGAAGGUUUUAAGGGGCUGACGGGUAUAACAGCAUGUACAAUUGAAGGACCAAAAAAACAAAAGCGGCGACGUACGACUUACCGAGUAGGGUGUUGGGCGAGGAUCGCAUUCAAACUGGGUAUCGGGGGGAGAUUCGAAGUAAAAGGUUUCGAAGAAGAACAAACGCACAGCUUGUGCAAGGAUAGAUAUAAACCGUUCAUGAAAGUGAAUAGGAAGCUGGACAUUGGACAUCAGCAAUUCAUAACGAACUGUCUAAAAGUCAACAUCGGAGCAAGUCAGAGUUUUGACCUAUACGCAGAGAUGGUUGGUGGUGUCGCUAAUGUGGGAGCUACUAAACAAGAUUUCAAGAAUUACAAGAGAGAGAUGUUGGAAUUCAUGAGGGAGGGAGAUGCACAAAUGGUAAUAUCAAAGUACCUUGCAAAGAAAGCAGAUGAUACAAAUAUGUUCUUCGAAUACGAAAUGAAUGAGCAAGACAACUUGGCCCGACUGUUUUGGGCGGACGGUGUGGCACGGAAAAAUUACGUUGCAUUUGGUGAUGUCGUGUCAUUUGAUGCUACGUAUCAAACAAACAGGUACAAGCUCGUUUUUGUUCCAUUCACCGGCGUAGACAAUCAUAAGAGAUGUGUAACAUUUGGAGCAGGACUGAUUGAUAGGGAAGACGUGGAGUCAUACCGUUGGUGUAACGCCCCGUGUUACGGCCCCUAA